CUCUUUGUUCUCUCUGUUGUCCUGCUGCUCAGCCCAGCAUGUGCAGAGAAUGAGACCCAUUUCCCAGAGCAGGCCUGCUCGGACUUUCAGAAGGCAAGUUUCUUACAGGUCACCAAACUUAAGGUCCAGUUUCUUCUGUUCACCUCCUCCAACUCCAGCUGUGGGCAGCUGAUAUCAGUUGGUGAUGAUCUCAAGAACUCAAACUUCAAUACUAGCCUGGACACUAAGAUAAUAAUCCAUGGCUUCAGAGCACUGGGCACAAAGCCUUCCUGGAUCAGCAAACUCACCAGUGCAUUCCUCCAAGCUGCCAAGGUGAAUGUGAUCGCCGUUGACUGGGUUUAUGGAGCUAGAGGAGACUACACUGGUGCUGUGGAAAAUGUCACGGAGCUGAGCAUCAUGAUAUCUGAGUUAAUCAGCAAGUUGCUGGCACGCGGCGUGUCAGAGAAGUCCAUCCACCUCAUUGGGGUGAGCCUCGGAGCACACAUUGCAGGUCUGGUGGGGUAUUUGUAUGGAGGCCGGCUGGGAAGGAUUACAGGGCUGGAUCCUGCGGGGCCCAAAUACACAAGAGCCAGCCUGGAGGAGCGCCUGGAUCCUGGAGAUGCUGUCUUUGUGGAAGCCAUUCACACCGAUACAGACAAUUUUGGUAUCCGGAUUCCUGUAGGCCAUAUUGACUACUUCAUCAAUGGAGGCAAAGACCAGCCUGGAUGCCUCCGGUUCAUCUCAUUAGGCUAUAACUUGGUGAUCUGUGACCACGUGCGGGCAAUAUAUCUCUAUAUCAGCGCUCUGGAGAAUUCCUGUCCUCUGAUAGCGUUUCCAUGCUCAAGUCAUGAAAAGUUCCUUGCUGGCCACUGCUUGGACUGUAUGGACCCUUUCCUGCUUUCCUGCCCCAGAAUAGGGCUGUUGGAGCGUGGUGGAGUCAGCAUGGAAACGCUCCCCAAGGAGGUGAAGGUUUACCUGAUGACUGGCUCCUCAGCCCCGUACUGCAUGUACCACAGCCUGGUGGAGUUUCACUUGCAGCAGGAGAGAAGCGUGAUCACCAGACUUGAGAUCACCUUCCGCAGCAGCAACUCCACGGCCAGCGUGAAGAUCACCAUACCGAAGCAGCAGCUUCUGGGCAGAGGAGUGCUGGCUCACCAAGCCCCACUGUGCCAGGUGGAGGUGGUGAUGCUGAAAUAUCUCCCAAAGAAGCAUCUCUGGAAGACCGACGAGGCCCUCAUCGCUGGCAAGUUCUGUACGACUGCAAUGCCUGUCAGCCAACGUGAAAAGAUGUUUUGCCUGUCUGAGUAUCUGUUCCUGAUGAAGGACAGGCCACUGGAACUUGACCUGGAAGUCGCCUGUGCAAAGUAGAGUUUGCUGGAGCAUGCAGUGUGCACAAGACCCAUUGAUGGGCUCCAAAAUUGACUUUCUCCAUCUGGACGAUACUUCCUCCACACAGGACAGAAUCGGUUGAAUUUCUCAUCUGCCCACCAAGGGACAGAAUGACUAACAGUUCCAGGAAGAGAAAUGAGCUGCAGAAAAGAUAGAUUGUGAUCAAGUGCUUCGUGCAGCUAGCUGGCAGCUAGGACUUGCAGGCUUUAUUCCCAGUUCUACAAAUGCACAUUGUAUGAACAUGGAUGGAUUGCUUCCUCUUGGUUUUCCUUUCUGUAAAAUGGGGCUAAGAAUGCUCUUCCCCCCAAUAGAAUCAUGAGGACUGGUUAAUGCCUUAAUAUUUCUUAAGUGCUUUGAGCUCUUCACAUUAAAUGCCUUAGGUGUGCAAAAUAUUA